AUUAGUCCAUAGUGUAUUGGCUGGUGAGGAGGAGGGAUUGUCUAACAAUUGUACUUACCAGAUAACUCGCAGCUUAUACUGAAGACUUUGAAACUUGUGCGUAUAAAGAUUAGUUUAACACUUUUUUAAAAUAAAAAGUUAUACAUAUUAAACUAUGUUAAAGAAGAGGAUAUAGCGUAAGAUAACAAAUAUAGGCUUUUGUUGACAUUUUAACUAAAAAAAAAGCAUAAACAUAUGCCUUAGGUCGAUGUGGCACGAAUAAUUUGAGACGAAAUAGCGUAAAAUAUUUUACAUUUUUAAGGAUUUGUGAUCUUCUAUCAAUUGCAACAGAUAUGAUGACUAGUUUUUUAAUUUUCAUAUCAAAUAGGUCUGUAUUAAACAAAUGAUUAGACAUGUCAUCGAAUGAAACAUAAAUCUCAAUGAUAAUGUCAUCAAAAUCUUGUGUUAAAUUGUAAAAGUGAAAUCUAUGUUAAGAGGUCUGUUGAGGAUUUAUCGGUGAAGGUAAUUUGUACAAAUUUACCAACUGACCAAUUGUUAGACUAUUUAAUUAAUUUUUAGACUUUGGCCAUACUUGCAAUAUUUUUAUUUUGAGCAAUGGGUCACGUUGAUCGUUCGACAUCACGAGUUGUCCUUCGAGAGAAUAAGGGCCGAAGAAGAAUACCUCAGCGAACUUGUAGUGCAUUUUUGCCUACAAAUGAUUUCCAACGCGUACCCCCAACUGAAUUACAUAGUGUUGAAUUGCUUCAACAUAUGAAUUCAGAAGAAAGAUUCAAAGAUAAAAAACCGACCCCAGUUCGAGAUGUAUUUCGGAGAUUUUCCAUGAAAUGUAAGCAGGUUAUUACUGGUUCAUCUAGUCGAGAUCUUGAGUCGUUUACGAUAUCAAAAAGAAACGAAACGGUUUCCGCAGGAAAACUUUCCUGUGAAAAAUUUUCAAAUCACUCUUUUGUGAAUAGUCAAGAAUGGACAUUAAGUCGGAUGGUCCCUGAUCUCCGAUUAGGCAUUUUAGGAGCUGUAAACAGCGGAAAAUCCGCAUUAGUUCACCGAUAUCUCACUGGUUCAUAUAUGCAAGAUGAGAGCCCAGAAGGAGGUCGUUUUAAAAAAGAAGUGAUUGUUGAAGGCCAGUCUUACUUGCUGAUGAUUAGAGAUGAAGGGGGACUGCCAGAGACACAAUUUUCUAGAUGGGUCGAUGCUGUAAUCUUUGUAUUUAGUCUCGAAAAUGAGGAGAGCUUUUCAGUAGUUCACAACUAUUACAGAAAGAUGAUGACAACUAGAGAUUUAAAUGAAGUGCCUGUUAUUCUUGUUGGAACUCAAGAUGCCAUCAGCGAAAGUAAUCCAAGAGUAAUAGAUGAUGCCAGAGCAAGAAGAUUAGCUUCAGAUAUGAAAAAAUCAACUUACUAUGAAACUUGCGCAACUUACGGAUUAAAUGUCGAACGAGUCUUCCAAGAUGCUUGUCACAAGAUUGUUCAGCAACGAUUAGCUGGUUUAACUCCAAAUAAUUCCAGACCGAAUACCCCUAAUCAUUCUCAAUCUUUAAGGGGAUAUGUGCCUUCUGUUGGGCAAAAUACCAAUGUUCAAAAGUCAUGCGACUCUCAUAGUUCGAGUAGCACUAGUGGAUCGUUACCCACACAAAAUUCUAAUCACAUGCAGAAUCAAUCACCGCCUUUGAAAGAUAAAGAAAAAGAAAUGAAAAGACGUGGUAAAAGUUCCGAGGGUCGACCAGAUAUUCAUGGCCAUAAAAUGACAUCUAUUCCUUGUCAAAUACCAUCCGUUCCGCCACCUCCUGUAACAACUAUUCCAGAUCCACCUAACAGACCUUUACCAGCAGUACCAUCACAAAACACUUACGACAAUCGCCAUCAAUCACAGGGGUCUUUUGAAACUCGGCAACCUCUUCCAAUACCAUCUUCAGGCAUAUUACACCAGAUUCCUAUUCAUCAAACUAAGGGAGGUGCUAUCGCACCUGUUCACUUGCAAACAACGCAAGCCCCAUCUAUGAUUGAGGUUAAAGAGACACCCUCCCCUGGUUCUACUCCUACGCCAGUCAGAAAAUUAAGAAAUCGUAGUUUCAUUCAAGCCGUUCACUCGGAUGAAUUUGACAUCACUCCAACAGCAACACCUUGCACAACGCCCCAAUUUGAUCGACGCUACUGGAGUCCGCAGUUUGUCCGUCAACCUAUUGAGCAUAAUGACCCACAACCAACAAAGCUAUCAAAAUCUCGAGCCAGUUUUCCACUGCCUAGUGGUUUUCGGCAAGAAAAGCCAGUGGCCCCAGCAGAAGGCAAAGAUCUGGCCACUCCGACCAGUACACCUACACAAUCUCGUAAAAAUAGACGCCGAUCUAACAUUUUCACUCAAAAGAAUAAACAGGACGACAAGACAAAUGGAACAGCAAUAGGCAGUGGACGAAGUAUUCCCCUUAAACAGGGAAUAUUGUACAAGAAAAGUAACAAGCCUCUAAACAAGGAUUGGAAAAAGAAGUAUGUGGCUCUUUUGGAUAACGGCAAAUUGACCUAUCAUCCAAAUAUGCAUGACUAUAUGGAAAACGUUCAUGGCAAAGAGAUACAAUUAGUACAAACGACCGUUAAAAUUCCUGGUAUGAAACCUAGAGGAUCACGAGCUCCGGCAACAAACCCUCAUCAGCGCUUAAAUGAUUUAAACAAGCCGAACUCAACAGACAAGGAGCUACAAAUUCAUGCAGCAAAAGCAGGCAUUCAAGCUUUAAGAGAACAACAACAGUCUUCUGAUAAUGUUAUCAGAAUACCUGCUCAAUCUGCCGAACCAUCUGUUGUUAUUCCAAAUUCCUGCUUACCAGUGGAAAAUGUAUCUAAGCGAACUGAAAAUACUCCCAAUGUAAAAAAGCGUCAUAAACGGACAAAAACAGGAAGUGGUGCUCACAAAAAUGACGAUGGUGCUGAUUCCGAUGGAUACGAAUUUAUAAUAGUGUCCCUAGAUAAUCGUCAAUGGCAUUUUGAGGCCUCUAGUGCUCAGGAACGAGAAGAAUGGGUUACAGCUAUAGAACAACAAAUAUUAUCCAGCCUACAAUUGAAUGAAAGUAGAAAAGCGAAAGGUCGUACAAAUUCCACAUCCGAUGCUGAAAGUGUUUUAGCCAUCAGAUCAGUUCGGGGUAACUCAAAAUGUGCUGACUGUGACUCUCCAAAUCCCCAAUGGGCUAGUUUAAACUUGGGGGCAAUCAUAUGCAUUGAAUGCUCAGGAAUUCACCGCAAUCUUGGUUCACAUAUUUCUCGUGUCAGAUCUUUGGAUUUAGAUGAUUGGCCCCCUGAAUUAGUCAAUGUAAUGACAAGUAUUGGAAAUGCAGCAGCUAACUCAGUUUGGGAGGCAAAUAUUAAAGGAGGAACAAAACCCAGUCCGCAGUCAUCAAGAGAAGAAAAAGAAAAAUGGAUAAAGUCUAAAUAUGAAUUAAAGCUCUUUCUUCCCCCGCUGCCGUAUGAUGAUGUGCCUCUUGGUCAACAGCUGAUGGAUGGCGUCGCCAGACAGAAUAUUUCUCUUGUUAUUCUUGUCCUGGCAUACUGUGCUCCUGAAGAUGUUAAUGCGCCAUAUGCCCCAUCUGAUCAAAGAACUGCACUCCACAUAUCCUCCGCUCUGCAGAAUUCAGUUCUAGUACAAUUGUUACUAUGGGGAUUCAGUUAG